AUGGAGUACACAGCAUCCCCCAAACCUCAGCUCUCCUCUAGAGCCAACGCGUUCUCCAUUGCUGCGCUCAUGUCAAGUGGAAGCUCGAAAGAAAAGGAAAGUGCAGAGAGCACCAUCAAACCUCUGGAACAAUUUGUUGAAAAAUCCUCCUGCGCUCAGCCCCUGAGUGACUUGUCCAGCCUGGAUCCCCACGGGGAGUUCAGCGCCAGCCCUUCCGCCCUCUGCACCGAGCCCCUCAUCCCCACCACCCCCAUCAUCCCCAGCGAGGAAAUGGCCAAGAUCUCCUGCAGCCUGGAGACCAAAGAACUGUGGGACAAGUUCCACGAGCUGGGCACCGAGAUGAUCAUCACCAAGUCUGGCAGGAGAAUGUUUCCUACUAUUAGGGUUUCCUUUUCGGGAGUGGAUCCUGAGGCCAGGUACAUCGUGCUAAUGGAUAUAGUCCCAGUGGACAAUAAGAGAUAUAGAUACGCUUACCACAGAUCUUCCUGGUUGGUAGCUGGAAAAGCUGACCCUCCGCUUCCUGCAAGGUUGUAUGUGCACCCUGAUUCUCCAUUUACAGGGGAACAAUUAUUAAAGCAGAUGGUGUCCUUUGAAAAAGUGAAACUGACGAAUAAUGAACUGGAUCAACAUGGGCAUAUCAUUUUGAACUCCAUGCACAAGUACCAGCCCAGGGUGCACAUCAUUAAGAAGAAAGACCACACCGCCUCCUUGCUAAAUCUGAAAUCUGAAGAGUUCAGGACGUUUAUCUUUCCAGAGACAGUUUUUACAGCAGUCACUGCCUACCAGAAUCAGUUGAUAACCAAGCUGAAAAUUGACAGCAACCCUUUUGCUAAAGGAUUUCGGGACUCUUCCAGACUCACUGAUAUCGAGAGAGAGAGUGUGGAGAGCCUUAUUCAAAAGCAUUCCUAUGCACGCUCCCCCAUCAGAACCUAUGGAGGAGAAGAUGAUGUUCUGGGAGAUGAGAGCCAGGCAACACAAAGCAGAGGAUCAGCUUUUACAACAUCCGAUAACUUAUCCCUCAGCUCCUGGGUAUCCUCUUCAACCAGUUUUCCUGGAUUUCAGCACCCACAGUCCUUGACUGCCCUUGGUACCAGCUCUGCAUCCAUAGCUACACCCAUCCCUCAUCCAAUCCAAGGAUCUCUGCCUCCAUACAGCCGCCUGGGAAUGCCUCUUACACCUUCUGCCAUAGCCAGCUCAAUGCAAGGUAGUGGCCCAACAUUCCCAUCAUUCCACAUGCCCAGAUACCACCAUUACUUUCAGCAGGGGCCUUAUGCAGCUAUUCAAGGACUGCGUCAUUCCUCUGCAGUGAUGACACCAUUUGUAUGACUGACAUAAGACAAGGGAAAUCAAGAUUUUUAAAUGUGCAAAUUUGGUAUGAAAAUACAGGGGACCUUCCCAAAAGACCUAUGGAGAAAGAGCUGAACUCAUAACAGACCAGCUAACAUAAUGCAUUGUGGAUACAGAUUCCUCCAUCAAGGGGUCACAGCAAGAGAGAGUGAAGCUUGGAGUUGCAAAAGGAUCUGUGUGCUACAGCCAAAAGUUCACAGGACUUUUAGCCAAGUGCAGGUUGAUCCGAAGGUGCAUUAUGC